AAAAUAAAAAUGGAUGGCGCAGGUGAUAGCAGCUUUGAUUUCGAAGACGAUGGCCAAACGUUAUCGCAGAUGCUCGGUGAUCAUAUCGGGCUAACGUACAAUGACUUCAAUAUUCUGCCUGGUUUCAUCGAUUUCGCCGUGUCAUCUGUUGAUCUGACUACGAAUCUCACUAAAAAUAUCACUCUAAAAGCUCCUAUCGUCUCAUCCCCAAUGGAUACGGUCACCGAAAGUGAAAUGGCAAUUGCUAUGGCGCUGCAUGGUGGUAUAGGUAUUAUUCAUUCCAAUUUCGCAACGAUUCAAGAUCAAGCCCGUCUUGUUACUUCUCGAGACGUGGAUUUUAUCCCAGAAAGUAGAUAUCCAACGACGAAGAUCUCGGAAGUCAUGGUGCCAAGAGAGCGACUCAUAACCGGAAAUGAGGAUUUCACUCUUGAGCAUGCCUACCGUCUUCUGGAAAGCGAGAAGAAAGGUAAAUUACCGAUCGUUAACAAUCGUGAUGAAUUGGUUGCCUUGAUCGCACGUACUGAUCUGAAAAAGGCGCGUGAUUUCCCAUGCAGUUCAUAUGAUUCGAAAGGACAGCUGAGGGUUGGCGCUGCGAUAAAUACUCGCGAAAGCGCCAAAGAUGCGGUCAAAUUACUGGCUGAAGCUGGCGCAGAUGUACUAGUCAUUGAUUCAUCGCAAGGCGCUAGCACCUAUCAAAUUAGUUUACUCAAAUGGAUCAAAGAGCACUAUCCAACUUCACCGCAAAUCAUCGCUGGGAAUGUGGUUACCCAAAAGCAAGCGAAACUUUUGAUUGACGCUGGUGCAGAUGGCCUUCGUGUUGGGAUGGGAAGUGGCUCGAUUUGUAUCACGCAAGAGAGUGAGCUCCAAGAUUAUUCUUCAGUGUUUCAAGAAUUCGAAUUAUAUGCUUUUCCUCGAUUCUUUGACUGUAAUUUAUGUUUGCAGUGUUUAAACGAAACUGUCUCGGGCUCUUCAGUUAUGGCGGUUGGCAGAGCUCAGGGUACAGCCGUAUAUCGAGUUGCAAAAUACGCGCGUACCCGCGGUGUACCUGUUGUUGCUGAUGGUGGCGUUAAAGAUGUUGGAUAUAUCACUAAGGCAUUGGCGCUAGGUGCAUCAACCGUGAUGAUGGGCGGUCUUUUAGCUGGAACUACCGAAGCUCCAGGUGAAUACUUUUGGGGCCCAAGUGGUGUGCGUCUGAAGAAAUAUCGUGGUAUGGGAUCGUUGGAUGCGAUGGAGGCGCAUGCUGGAAGUCAGGAUCGAUAUUUCACGAAGUAUGGUGUUUGCAAGCAUUUCUUUGUAGUCGAUAUAGUCAUGCGCAUAGCGGGAGCGAGGGCAUGGAGGCUACCGCUCCCUGCAUUCGCCUCUUGUGAACGUAAGGUAAUAAACGAUUAUGCAGCAACACAGAAACGGCUGUAUUUAUGUGAAUCGGAUGCAAUCAAAGUAGCUCAAGGGGUAUCAGCAACAAUGCGUGAUCGUGGUAGUAUCCAUAAGUUUGCACCUUAUUUAGUUCGUGGCAUCCAGCAUGGAUUCCAGGACAUUGGUGUCAAGAGCGUUCCGCAACUGAGAGAAUAUGUCGAUAGUGGCAAAGUGAAAUUCGAACGUCGCUCGCCGAAUGCACAAGCUGAGGGCGGUGUUCAUUCGUUGCAUUCGUAUGAUAAACGUCUAUAUUGA